AUGUCUGCUCUCAGCUUUGCAUUCUCACCAGAGGCUACUGCUAAAGUGCAUGAUGCUCUAAUAUGUCUAGCCAAAUUUGGUGAGACGGUGUGCAUGGAAGCUCGUGGCGACAUGCUUACUUUGACUACGUUAAACUCAUCUAGAACUUCAUAUGCUUCUUUUGCCCUGGACGCGAAGACAUUCUUCUUGUCAUAUGACUUUGGCUUGGGACAAGGUGCUAGAUUCACAUGCCAACUCUACAACAAGGCUCUUCUUGCUGUGUUCAAAAGUCGCAUUUCAGAUCCCCGUGGUGGUGAUACGUCAAUAGACCGCUGUGAAGUCAGCGUGGAAGACAAGCCGAAUAAAGUGCAGUGCCGUCUGGUUGUCCGGAUGGUAUGCAGACAUGGUGUCACCAAAACAUAUCGAUUGACAUACGAGUCUGUGGAGGUAUCACAUGCACUCUUCGACAAACACAACGCCGCGAAUGGUUGGAAGAUCUCCUCUCGUCUACUGCGCGAGUACAUCGAAUUCUUUGGAGCGAAGACAGAACAACUUGAUUUGCUAGUCAAGGAUGAAAAGGCCAUCUUUACUAGCUUUACAGAAAAGAUCAUGGAUGGCAAAGAGAUUCUUAAGCAACCACUAGAGACGGCGAUCUCUCUACACAUCCAGGACUUUGAUGACUUCCAUGCCGAAGAAGAUGUUCACAUCGUUAUCAACGUCAAAGACUUCAAAGCCAUCGUGGUCCACGCCGAGACUUUGAAGGCGCCAAUGUCUGCCCAAUUUUCUCGUCCUGGGAGACCAUUGCUGUUCAGAUACACCGACAGAGGACUGACUUGCGAGUUCAUACUUAUGACAACCGGAAUAUCACAAGCCGUUCCGCCCGCAACAGCACCAAAAGUGGCAUCUACCCGUCCAGGUAGUCAAGCUUCUAGGCAACCCUCAGCUGUACCACUUCGCCCAUCCAGACAAUCGACAAGGAACACAGAGAUGGCACCUCCACCAAAGCCUGCUUCUGUCGCUGGUCCGCGUGAACGACGAGUCUUGGGCAGUCUUGGACGUCAAAUCUCUCAAGCUACAACAACUUCGAACGCAGAUCCUGACCCUGAGAGUCUGUUCAUGCCGCAAGGCGACGAAGAUGACAGCCGAUUUGACCCAACAAAUUUCGAUGAAGAGCCAGAGGAGAUGCUGGGCUGGGACGCCAAUGCAGAUGUCACUGGCGGAUACCAUCCGACCUUCCGAGAUGCCAUUACCCAUGAGCCACCGCCGCUCAGCCAAAGUCUCAACAGAAGCACACAAGGUCUGCCACCUACGCAAAGACUUUCUCAGGUGAGCUCAUUGAUAUUGUGCCUGAUACUGUGGCUGAUUCGUUUCGCAGAUGAACGGAUUGUUUGA